CCGGUCUCUGCCUCUGGGGGCCGGUAGGGCCGCCAUUUUGUCAGCGGCGGCUGUAGGAAGGUGGAGGUGUCUGUAACCCUUUCGCCCCGUGUAAGGCCCCCUUCCCCAGCCCGUAAAAUCCAGCAAAGAUGUCCGAAUACAUCCGUGUUACUGAGGAUGAGAACGAUGAGCCCAUUGAGAUCCCCUCAGAGGAUGAUGGCACUGUGCUGCUAUCCACAGUUACUGCCCAGUUCCCUGGAGCAUGUGGCCUGCGUUACAGGAAUCCAGUGUCUCAGUGUAUGAGAGGAGUCCGGCUAGUGGAAGGAAUUCUGCAUGCCCCAGAUGCUGGCUGGGGAAAUCUGGUCUAUGUUGUUAAUUAUCCCAAAGAUAACAAGAGAAAAAUGGAUGAAACGGAUGCCUCAUCAGCUGUGAAAGUAAAACGAGCUGUACAAAAGACAUCCGAUUUAAUAGUUUUGGGUCUUCCUUGGAAAACCACUGAACAAGAUUUGAAGGAAUAUUUUAGUACGUUUGGAGAAGUUCUCAUGGUUCAGGUUAAGAAAGACAUUAAAACUGGUCAUUCAAAGGGAUUUGGUUUUGUUCGAUUUACGGAGUAUGAAACCCAGGUGAAAGUGAUGUCUCAACGUCACAUGAUAGAUGGAAGAUGGUGUGACUGUAAACUUCCUAAUUCGAAGCAAAGUCCUGAUGAACCUUUGCGUAGCAGAAAGGUGUUUGUUGGGCGCUGCACUGAGGAUAUGACUGCAGAUGAGCUCCGACAGUUUUUUUCUCAGUAUGGAGAAGUAGUAGAUGUCUUCAUCCCCAAACCCUUCAGAGCAUUUGCUUUUGUUACAUUUGCCGAUGAUCAGGUUGCCCAGUCUCUUUGUGGAGAGGACUUGAUCAUUAAAGGAAUCAGCGUACAUAUAUCCAAUGCUGAACCUAAGCACAAUAGCAUUAGACAGUUAGAAAGAGGUGGAAGAUUUGGUGGCAAUCCAGGAGGCUUUGGAAAUCAGGGUGGAUUUGGAAAUAGCAGGGGGGGAGGAGGAGGUUUGGGGAACAACCAAGGUAGUAAUAUGGGUGGCGGGAUGAAUUUUGGAGCAUUUAGUAUCAACCCUGCUAUGAUGGCAGCAGCCCAGGCAGCAUUGCAGAGUAGCUGGGGAAUGAUGGGAAUGCUAGCUAGUCAACAGAACCAGUCUGGACCAUCAGGAAACAACCAACCUCAAGGCAACAUGCAAAGGGAACAAAACCAGGGUUUUAGUUCAGGAAGUAAUUCUUACGGGGGUUCUAACUCUGGGGCAGCAAUAGGUUGGGGGUCAGCAUCAAAUGCAGGAUCAAGCAGCGGGUUUAACGGAGGCUUUGGUUCAAGUAUGGAUUCCAAAUCAUCAGGCUGGGGAAUGUAGAUACAGUGGGCUCUGAUACUGACUCUAUGGUGGGAAAUCAAAUUUUUCUAAACUCAUGGUAAGUAUAUUGUAAAUUACAUAUAUUCUAAAAUUUUCCUGAUCAAUUUGUUCAAUGUGCAGUAUAUUCAACAGUAUUUUUGACAUUUUUCUUUUGUAAAAAGAAAGGUUGAAGGAAUUUUAUAAGUUUUGUUACAUAAUUUGUUGGAAUAUGGAAUGGUUGGAAGUGAAUUGCUGUUUGCCUGAUGGGUAAACUAACACACUACAAUUGAGAGGAAGGAUUUCUCCUGUAAUAUUUUAUUCCUUGUUUCCUGGUCAGCUGAAUUCUUUGCAUGUUCAAAAAGAAAACCAUUGGUUAGAAUCUACAUUCUUUUCCUCUUGUUUGUUUUAAUUUGAUCCCCACCAUAAGAAUCUCUCCAAAUGCCCCAGUUGGAGAACACAGUGUUGGUGUUUGUUUUUGUUUUUUCUUUUAACACUGUCUCCCCUCAUAUACUAAGUACAAUAUGAAGGCUUCAUUUAAUCUCUGCAGUUCAUCUCAUUUCAAAUAUGUAUGGAAGAAGCACUUAAUUGAAAAGCAGUGCUGUAAAUAUUCUGCUUUAGGAAUACUUCUGUCUACAUGCUUUCUCAUCCAAGAAUACUUCAUCACACUGCACAUGCUACGUCUUAGACGGUGGGUGUUCCAUUUUUAUCCGCUACUCUUUAUUUCAUGGAGUCGUAUCAACGCUAUGAACGCAAGGCUGUGAGAUGGAACCAGAAGGCUGUUUGAACUUUUGAAACCUUGUGUGGGAUUGAUGAUGGUGCCGAGGCAUGAGAGGGCUGGUAUGUGCGAGAAAAAGGAGAGAGCGCAUGCAGAGACCUGGUGGUGCAUUAUGGGAUUUUAUUUUUCUUGGCGAGAUGUCUCUCAAUCCUGUGGCUUUGGUGAGAGAGUGUGCAGAGAGCAAUGGUAGCAAAUAAAGUACGAGUGUUUCUUGCAUUCAAAGGACAUCCAUAUCUGGAAGACUAAGUGGGUUUUAUACCUAGUUAACCAAUUAGUUGAAUGUGUUAAGUGAAAUGAAUCUGUAUUUUUUUCCCUUUAUGUCAACUGCUGUGAAUGCUGUAUGGUGUGUGUUCUUUUCUGUUAAUGAUAUGUAAGUGUGGUAAUGUGAAUUGAAGAUGAUGGGGUUUGUGACGAGAACAUUGAGUUUGUGGUGUGCUUUGCGGUAGUUGUAGCAGAGUUCACUAGCGAGCUCAGUGUGCCUCUUAAGGGUGGAAGUUCCACUGUCUGUAAGAUAUCCAUAAGAAUGCUGUUUGCUGCAGUUCUGUGUUUGGAUGCUUUUUAUAAGAUUUGUCAAUGUAGGAAAUUCUUAAAUAAAACUGAUUUAAGUAA